AUGGCCACUGUGGCGAUUCCUGCUCGCACCACUGCUCUUUUGUUGGAUAUCGAGGGCACAACCACUCCAAUCACAUUUGUAAAGGAUAUUCUGUUUCCGUACAUACGGGAACAUCUUGAAGACUACCUGUCCGCUCACUGGGAAGAAGACGAGUGUAAACAGGAUGUUCAUCUUCUGAAAAAACAGAUCGAAGAGGACAUGAGGCAAAACCGGGCGUGUCCCGUCCACGCCGUGGACCAGACGGUGCACACGGACGAGGAGAAGGCCAUCCGGGAGGUGGUGGACGACGUGCUGUGGCAGAUGGCCGCCGACCGCAAAUCCACGGCGCUCAAGCGACUCCAGGGUCACAUGUGGCGAGUGGCGUACGCGUCGGGCACAAUCAAAGGCGAGAUCUACCAGGACGUGACGCCGUCCAUCCGAAGGUGGCGAGGGCAAGGACUUAAGGUUUUUAUCUACUCGUCGGGAAGCGUGGAGGCCCAAAAACUUCUUUUCACGCACUCUGUCGAGGGCGACGUUUUAGACCUAUUCGACGGUCACUUCGACACGGCAGUCGGCGCCAAAGUAGAGGCCAAAAGCUACGAAAGGAUCGCCGAGAGGAUCGGCUGUCCGGCGGAAGAAAUCACCUUCCUUACGGAUGUCACGCGAGAGGCCAAAGCGGCGGAGGACGCCGGCGUCAACGUGGUGGUGGUGGUGCGGCCGGGGAACACCGAGCUGACGGAGGAGGAAGCGGCGCACUACCGCGUCAUCACGUCAUUCGGCCAGCUGGAAGUGACCGGCAGAGCUUAA